CAGAAGUGAACUAUGUUCAUAUAUAGUUUUGAGUGCGGUAGAAAAGUAAUUUUGGGAAGUUGAAUUGUGGAGGAAAGAAUUCGCGGGAGUUGCGGUUGGAAAGGAAAGGACGCUAGCUGCCAUCUUCAACUAACUUCAGUAAAAAAUAGAACACCUAAAAACUCUCCUGACCAGACCUCCUCUGUCAAUUGCCAAAAUAAUAAUGAGACUCAAAUUUCAAACAGAAGAACAGAGAGAAAGGGAGAGGAAAUUUUGGUUAAAGCUGUAGCAUCUUCCUCUUUGCAUCUCUUUCCGCAUCGUAUUUAUUCCCACUGUGUUGUGUGUGGCUGGCCUGAAUUGUUAAGGCAGAGGUUUCUCUGCCUUAGCCACUCUCAGCAAUGGCAUUCCAGGAUUUCGACCAGAUAACUGAGCGCCGAAAGACCGAGAAUGCCCGUAAGCUCAAGAGGAGGAUUAUCAUCGCAGUUGUUGCGGUCAUCCUCCUUGUUGGAAUUAUCGUUGCAGCCAUAGUGAUUGUGAACAAAAUGAAGACGGACAAGGCAACCAAAAAAGCUAGCAAACCUGCUACAGAACCACCAAAGCCCACGGAAGAUCCACCCACCCAAGAUCCAACCAAGAAUGAGACAUCAACUUCUAGCAAGAUUGUACAGCAGAUGUGCGGAUCAACUGAUUACAAGGACAGGUGCAAGGAAGUCUUCAAAAAUACAAAGGACCCCAUCUCUAAACCCAAAGAAGUCAUCAAGACCGCCAUCUCUGGAGCCUCGGAUGAGGCCAAGAGUGCCUUUACCAAAGCCAGCGAGCUCACUUUUGACAAAGAGGAAGACAAGGAAGCCUUUGAGGAUUGCAAGGCACUAUUUGACAAUGCCAAGGAAGAAUUAGAAGAAUCCGUGGAUCAAGUUGGCAACAGUACCACUUCUGGGAAAAUGAGAACCGGUGUCUUGAACAGUUGGUUGAGUGCGGUCAUAUCAUACCAGCAAACAUGCAUUGAUGGGUUUCCUGAUGGAGAUGUGAAGUCUAAAAUGACGGAGACCUUGGAGGCCACCAAGGAGCUCACUAGCAAUUCCCUUGCCAUGAUUUCACUACUUUCCGAAUUAAAGGUACCUGGCAGUGGAGGAUCAUCAGGUUCAUCACGUCGUCUUCUGGCACAGGACAAGGAUGGCUUUCCUUCCUGGCUGACCCAUGAGGAGCGACGGGUGUUGAAGAAAAACGAUGAAAAGCCCACACCCAAUGUCACCGUGGCGAAAGAUGGCAGUGGGAACUACAAAUCCAUUAGUGAAGCAUUGUCGGCCAUGCCUGAAAAAUACGAAGGAAGGUAUAUCAUCUAUGUUAAAGAAGGAGUCUAUGAUGAGACUGUGAAUGUGACAAAGAAGAUGCCAAAUCUUACCAUAUAUGGUGAUGGAUCACAGAAGAGCAUCAUCACUGGGAAUAAGAACAAUGCAGACGGAGUUAAGCUGUUCAACACUGCAACUUUUGUGGCCUUAGGAGAAGGUUUCAUUGCAAAGUCCAUGGGAUUCAGAAACACAGCUGGUCGUGAAAAGCAACAGGCAGUGGCAGCCAGAGUCCUAGGAGACCGUGCUAUUUUCCUCAACUGCCGAUUUGAAGGGUACCAAAACACAUUAUUUGUACAGGCUCAUCGGCAAUUCUAUAAAAGCUGUGUUGUUUCCGGCACCGUUGAUUUUAUCUUCGGUGAUGCUGCUGCUACCUUCCAGAACUGCAUAAUUUAUAUCCGGAAACCUAAGGAAAACCAACAGAACAUAGUUACAGCCCAAGGAAGAACCGACAAACGUGAAACCACGGGAAUAGUGUUGCACAAUUGCAAAAUCUUACCGGACAAAGAAUUUGAGUCUGAGAAAUCCCAAUUCAAGAGUUACCUUGGGAGGCCGUGGAAGGAGUACUCAAGAACCAUAGUGAUGGAGUCUACAAUAGAGGAUGUGAUUGACCAAGAUGGAUGGACUGAAAUGGAUGGAGACUUUGGAACAAAGACUCUAUUUUAUGGUGAGUAUAACAACAACGGACCCAGGUCCAAUACUGAUAACAGAGUGAAAUGGCCUGGCUACAAGGUCCUUAAUAAGGAUGAGGCUAUGGCUUUUACUGUAGGUCCUUUCUUGAAAGGGAAUGCUUGGCUCAAGAAUCUCAAUGGUGUUCCUGUUCGAUUUGGCUUAUUUGGUAACUAGCUAAGGGCUUCAUUUUCAUAUACCAAAAUGAUCAGAAUUUCAAGAAAGAUUAGUGGAAACAUUUGUGUCUCGAAUGAAAGUGAUGUUGUCAAUUUCUUAUUUCAAACUGAUGAUCAUCCAGGCAGAGAAAUUGACAUCCUGUUGUAUCUUGCAACACACUAAUAUACAUUAGCCUUAACAUAAAAAUGAAUUACGUACAACAGAUGUUCAUCUUGUAGAAAACGAAGAAAUGCUAGCUAGGUUGUACUUGUACUCAAAUAUUCAAUGCUAGGUUUCGGAGUUUUCAAAACUGUGUCACAAAGAGGUGGAGACGUCGUCCUUUGUAAGUUGAAGGGUGUAUUUUGGUGCUGCAGAAUAGAAAAAGGAUUCUCAUUUUCUA